CUGCAGGCCUGUGUGCUGUUAAGCUUCCAUUAACAUAAAAAAGGACUAAUGGCUUAUGUCUAAAUACUGACCUUGAAUUGAAAACACAGCAUCAAAGACUUGUAUUCUUUACUAAAGUCUGGUUUUAAAUGCAAAAUAUUGAGCCAAUUAAUAAUUCACUUUUUUAUGUGGAGCCUUUUGCUCUUAUGUAUAGCUUUACCAAAUUAUAGGCAUAGUUGAUAUUUCAGAGGCUUUUUUGGAGGGAGCUACUUGCAGUGACUACAGCACCGGCCUGGUGUGACAGCUAGAACAGCCUGCCACAGACUGGACAAGAAGCCGUUAUCGGCUGCGCAGGAGGACGCAUGGGAAGAACAUUUUGGCUGCAGCUAGAUUAAAAUAAUUCGCUAAGGGUUUGUAUACGGAAUUUAAGCCCUGACCCUUUUUUUUUUGUCGUCAGGAGCGAGCGCCGUUACGUCGGAAGAGUAGCACGAACCGGUAUUGCAGCGAGUUUAUUAGCCAGAAAGCCCACUAUUAUUCAGCUCGAAAAUUGAUAAUAAUAACGCGAGAGUUUGCAAGUUGCCUCAAGACUGUAGUUGCAACUGUCAAAGGUGGAGUGGAUACGCGCAUGACCCAACACACAUUACUGUAAUACUGUACACGGCCGCCGAGAUAAUAUCCGUAUAAAAAAAACGAAUAAUCCCGAGGUAAGGACCCGAGGAGUGAACCAAACCCGACCGAGAUUUGGCGCUUCUGCAGAUUUUCCUUCGCUUCGUUUUCUUUUACUCUAACCAACAGACUCACAGCCGUCGAAAUUACUGCACUAAACAUAUUUUUGUGCCUCCCUUUAGCUCCAGCCAGCGCAAGGAUUUUUUUUUUUUUACUCCUCCUUCGUAAUAAAGUCGCCAUUUUGCUUCACUGCCUAUAUAAACCAUCCCGUAUUCUAAUAUUUUUUCUCAAGGAGUCGAGGACCUGUCUGUCUUUCCUGGCUAUUUCUAUUAAUUUGGAGAGUUUAACGAGAAGACAGGGGUUGGAGAAGUGCCUCGUGGUAUACAUAUUAAUGCACGAAAGGAGAGGGAGAGGGGGGGCAAGGCAAUUGGAAGCUGGAAAUAAGGUGAAAGUAUCCUGGAUUUCUUUUCAUGUUCAGACGAAUUUGUAAUUUCUCAUCUCCUGCACUGCUCUUUUUUACCGUCCACCUGGUCGUCGUCUGCAGACUGGGGGGGACAGGACGACGGUGACGACUGUCCGCUUCCUUUCAGGCCCCCCAAGCUCACCCUGACCGCUCCUUGACGCACAGCAGGUGUGAUUGCCAUGUAACAUAACGUUGGUGGGAAAAAAAAAAAACGCCUACUUUGGUGCCUGUCUCCUGCCCCUGACCUCCUCCUACCUCACGUGGAUGACCCGGGGCCACCCGGGCUCUGGUGCUGGGUGACUGCUCGACAGUUAAGGCAUGGAGAGCCCAAGUGGGCCCAAGCUUGGGAAGCUGUCCUCAUCAGGGCUGUCGAGGGGCCGAACGCCCAAGCAUGGACAUCCCCAGGAGCAAGUUAGAACCAUGUCAAGCCCUGAAAACCACAGCAAACAUAGUCCAGUGUGUGAUGAGCCAGCAGAGGGGAAGCGGAAAGGUCGUCCUAAAGCAGAAAUGCAGGAACUGAGAAGCAUCCCUGCCCAUAUGAUAGUACAAUGGAAGGAAGAGUUUAAGCGGCGCUCCAGGGUAAAAUGUCCAUGUUCAGGCUGCUGGUUAGAGUUUCCCAGCAUCUGUGGCGUCAAGUACCACUAUCAGCGCUGCCAGGGGGCCACUGUAGCUGAAAAGCUGAGUCAUGGCUGUCCCUACUGUGAGGCCGUGUUUGCCACAAAAGUGCGUCUGCAGAAACACAAACUGUGGAAUCACCCAGACAGAGUCAGCAUGGAAACCAAGGACGAGCAGCCUAAGCUUCAAAAGACUUUUGUGAAGUCCAACACUAAGAAAAGGCCCAUGGAGAUCAGUCCCCCCUCUCCAGUGUUCUUCAAAGUGAAAAAGACCCAUGAAGUGUCCACACCCUCUCAGAAUGGGGAGCUGGCCUACCAGAAAAAUGAGAGGAAACAGCACAGCCACAGCCAGCCUUCACAACAAAUUCACCAGACCCUGCCAGUCCAGCCUCACUCCCAGCAAUCUCAUUCCCAAAGCACGUCAUCUGAUGCAGGGGGAAGUGAAAGCGAGGGGGGCAGCCUUCCCCCUUCUUUUCCUGACGAAGACCCAGAGCGAAUGAAGCACAGACGAAAGCAGAAAACACCUAAGAAAUUCACUGGAGAACAGCCCUCAAUAUCUGGAACAUUUGGAUUGAAAGGUGUGUGUCUGCGUGUGCACAUGUGUGUUGUAGGUAUGACUAAGGUAGAGGAGAAGCUGAAGGCAGGCCGUGUGAAGAGACCAGAGGGGAGUGGGUUCACUGAGGAGGCUCAGAGAAGACCUUCGUCAGUCCAGCCCUCCAGAAAAGACUCGGCCACAACAAGCUCUGGAGCUGUUCCUGACACUCAGUGGCAGCGAGCAAUCUCAGAGAGAGGUGAAGUGGUGUGUCCCACUUGCUCCAUCGUCACCAGGAAAACAAUCCAUGGCCUCAAGAAACACAUGGAGAUUUGUCAGAAGCUCCAGGAUGCCCUGAAGUGCCAGCAGUGCCACAAGCAGUUCAGGUCCAAGGCCGGCCUCAACUACCACACCAUGGCUGAGCACAACAGCAAGCCCUCAGGGAGUGAAGGCCAGACGGGCAACGAGCACGAGGAGAGGGAAAGGCUGCGCCGAGUGCUCAAACAGAUGGGACGAAUCAAGUGUCCCAGUGAGGGCUGUUCAGCCCACUUUUCCAGUCUGAUGGGCUACCAGUAUCACCAGCAGCGUUGUGGAAGAGAGUGUUCUGACGAUGCGAAGCCUGUGUUUCUGUGCCAGCACUGUGGAAAAAGCUACCGCUCCAAGGCUGGCAGAGACUACCAUGUACGCACCGAACACUCCCCGGCCAUCACCACCACAAUGACAGCCGCAGCCACCACCAACCUCAUGGAUAGUAUCACUGACACCAACAACAACACUGGCAAGGAGAGGGUGAUCUCUGAAGAAUCUCCAACAGGAGGCAAGAAGGAGCAAAGCCAAACUGAAAGGAAAGGGUGGCAAGAGAAAGCCCCAUCUAGCCACCCUAAGGAGAAGGACAGAGACGCUAGAGAGAAGGACAGGGAAAAGGAAAGGGAGCGGGAACAAGAUCAACAAAAAGCAGCACAGAUUGAGAGCCAGGGGGAGGACUUUGAAAGGACCCCCAGUGGCAGGGUGAGACGGCGGUCAGCUCAGGUGGCGGUGUUCCACCUGCAAGAAAUAGCUGAGGAUGAGCUGGCUAAAGACUGGGGCACAAAACGGCGCAUCAAGGAUGACCUGGUUCCUGACAGCAAGAGGUUAAACUACACCCGCCCUGGCCUCCCCAACUUCAGCCCGGAGCUUCUAGAGGCUUGGAAAAACCAAGUCAAGGAGAAGGGCUUCAUCUGCUGCACAAAUGAAAACUGUGAAGCUGUCUAUUCCAGCGUGUCAGGACUAAAGGCCCAUCUCGCCAACUGCAGCAAGGGUGGUGGCGAAAUGGGGAAGUACACCUGUCUGAUCUGUCAGAAGGAGUUCAGCUCGGAGAGUGGCGUCAAAUACCAUAUUAGCAAGACACACUCACAGAACUGGUUCCGUGCAGCUGCCAGUCAAGUUGUGUCCAGUAGCAAAACUAAAGUCCCAGAGAACAAUGGGAUAAAGGCCGAAGUGAGGAACGGCGCCACGACUGGUAAAAAGAGGGGCCGUAAACCAAAAGAGCGCCCCCCUGUGAAUGCACCUCUCGAAACAAAAACUGAGGCACUUACCACUCAAAACUCAACCCCUGCCGCGACUCUGUUCUCUGGCACAGCACAGCCCCCAACUCUGUUCCCUGACCCAACGGACAGUGAUAAUUCAGGCCAAAACAGACAGCCAAUUCCCUCCGCCACCAGAAGAAACAAACCCAAGAGGCUGUUACUGUCCGACUAGCUCUGCUUUUGUUGACCUAGGAGCCAGAGAGGAUUCUUUCUUUAAAUAUCUGCCAGGAAGCUUAAAGACAUUUCUAGCGCUACAAGAACUUGGCACUGAGAAGAAAGCCAAAAAUCAACCAAUAUGAAGUAAAACCCAGUCUUCAAAUCUUGGUUUUGAAACCCCCGAGAUAAUGUGUAUACUGUUGUACUCAGAACAGUAGUGUUUUAUUUCCCCAUUCCACUUUUGUCUCCCAUUUAAGGCACAUUUUUCAAUUUCUGUACUCACAGCAGGGGUGUCAGUAGUAAUCAAAGUCAAAGUCCUGACCUUUACAUAGAUUUUUUUUUAUCAGAGUUAGUAUUCUAAAUACCAAUGGAGAGUCAUUUUCUCUGCAAGAUUUGUGUUGUGUUUGAGAGGUUUUAAAAAGGAUAUUCUAUUAGCAUGGUGAAGUCAUUUAAUAAUAGCUAGUGUUUUCACAUUUUUUCACAGAUAUACUGUACUGUGUACAUGAACAAUAUCUAUAUCUAUAUCUAUAUACUCAAAGCAAUGAUGCCAUCCGUCAUUUCCAAGCCUGACACAUCCAAUUGGAUCAUAAGCAGUCAGAAUUUUUUGCAGUGUGUGCUUUAGUGCAAUGUUGUUUCAAUAUAGUUUUUUUUCUAGUUUGACUUUUAUUGUUUCUUGCUUUUCAUGUUUUACAUAAGCAAAUGUCAUAUAAGCUAAAAUGUUUGUCAGUUGUUCAUGUUUCACAAUAUUUUUUACAGUUGUUACUUCCAAGGAUUUUUUUUUUUCACAUGACUGUGAACAGUAUCUGCUUUGACAACCAUAAUUAAGUGUGAAAAGAUUAUUUCCAGACUUGUUUUACACGGAAGUUGAGAAGCAGAAUACCCAGAAAAGUGACUGAUAUUUUCAUCUGUAAGGCAUACUGCAACUUAGUUGCGAUUAUAAAUAGCAAGACACGUUUAAUUGAUUUAAAGAGACAAACAGAAAAAAAAAUCAAUGUUGAAACACUCUAAAAUCGGUCUAGCAAAGCUAAAUGUUUGACAGAAGGAAGAAUUCUGUGUGAAGCUUGUUGCACCAUUGCAGCACAAUCAAAUGAUGAGGCCACGUUUUGGCUACUGCUUUAGCUUGAAUCAAAGCUGAGGAGGGAAUUUAAAAAAUAUACUAUCUUUUAUAGAGAGGUUGAGGAUAAUAAUCUUUUAUUAAACAGAAAAACUGCUAAUUAAGAUUCACAUAUAAUAAUGUAAAUGAAUGAAUUCUUGAACGUUCAGAGUUAUUGCCUUGCACUUUAACCUUUAACCCUUCCUGCUCCCCUCUUGUAGUUUUGCACUCCAGAACUAUUCACCCUAACCUAGUGGCUGUCUGGUGCAGGAGUGGGAUUUUUGUUUGUUAUUUUUUUUAACUCUGGUGGUAAACUAGAGAAAGAGACUAAGUUUGUCUUCAUGUGGGUAAUGAGCAACAUGACUGACACUUUCUAUAUUGUAUCUGAAAUCCAACGCAAUGGUAUAAUUAUGAUUCACCUCACAAAGCCAUAACUGGUCUUAUUGAAGUUUAGGGCUGCUUAGCCACUUAAUGUUAGAUUAGCUUAAAAUAUAUAAAUAUAUAUACAAAAUAUUAAAUGACUUUUCAAAAUCUAAAAGAUUAGAGAAUAUUUUCACUUUAACAUGUUGAAAGUAGAUACUUGAAUCCACAGUUGUAUUAACAAUUUGAGCAAAUUAAAACUCCACGAAUAUUUGAUUUAUAUUUGAAGUUUAUGUCCAUGAAAAUAACGACUUGCUUGCGUAAAAAAAUACAGAUCAUAAAUCUAUUUUAUAUUCUAUGGUGUGUGUUACUUAGAUAGCAAUCUGAUAGCUUUGGAUAAAAUUAUGUGAGGAUAUUCUGGUGAGAUAAUAAGGGUGCUUUACUUGCCACUCUACCUUAAGGGCCUGAUACAACUCACUCAAGUCCAUAUUAUCCUUACUGGCAAGUCCUCUGAAUUUUGCACCGAAAUGUCAAUGUCAUCAUUAAAAUCAAGCACUGAUGUCAGCAGAACAUUUUCAAGAAACAUUGAAUUUGAAAUGUGUGUUUUUCCAGGUGGUGUCAUUCCUACGCUGUGACUUUUUAUAACGUAACGCAAAGAUUAAAUCUGAAUUCCUCCAUUGCUAAUCAACUGAUGGAGUUUUUUUCAGGUGGGGAUGAUUAUGCACGUGUCUCUGUCAGUGGGAUGAACCUUUAUCUUCUACCCAGGUUCAGAUGACAGAGAGGAUAAGAUGAACAAGCACUGAGUGGUCCUCGGACCUUUUCAAUAUGAGUUGUCCAGACUUUGUGUGUGUGCGUGUGUAUUAAACAGUUAGCACCUUUUUUUGUAAUGACUGGAUGUCAGAAAUAGUAACACUUUUGUUGAGUGUUAUGCUGUGGCACAGAAUCAGUUCAUCAGCUGCUUGUUACUCGUUUCAUUAAUGACGUCACAUUGACUGUGUUUACCUGACGAGCUUUGGUGUUGCAAUAUGAUAGUUUAGCACUGCUUUUAACAGUGGGUAUUUUAUAUUUUAUCACACCCUUUACUAUCUGUCUUCCUACGAUGUGGAAAACACAUAUCUAUCCCGCAGUGUGAGCUAACUGCAACAUGUUUAGAGAGUACAGCAAUACACCAUAUUUAGCUGAUUUUGUUGGCUUGCUGAUAUUUUGAUAUCGAUGUGUCUUCUCGAAAUUGUAUGGCUUUUUUUCCCACUCCCCUCCUUUUAUUAAUUUGCUUUAAAAAAAUGCUUUUUACAUAUUAUGAAAUCUACACAAAAAAGGUUGAGAAACUUUGUAGACCACAAACAACAUUGUGGGCCUGUGUGUUGGCAUACACUGUUAUUUUAUCCAUUUUGACGAUGCACAUAAAUUGAGCUUUUUCAGUACAUGAUGGCAAACAGAUUGAGAGAGUCCUUUUAUUAUUAUCUAUUCAGUAUGGGACAACAAGGCAUAUGUAUGUGUGUUUGUUUCUGUAUUUAGUGCACUUACUAUACCAUGAAAUAGGCUUGAAAUAGGAGUGUUGUUGGAGCUUUCUAGUUACCUGGACUGUGUGUGGUGUGACUUUUGUACCUGGGGGAACAGCAGGCUCAAGUGUCUUCCCUUUGUCAGCAAUGUUAUUUCCAAAACCAAGAUUAUUCCUUAGAAAUUCCCCUAGACAGCUGAAGAAGUUUACCCUUUUUAUUUGGACAACAGUGGUUUGUUUUGUAUGCUACCUAGUUCAAAAGCAGGAAAUGGCAUCCAGCUCUGUUGUUGGGGUCAUUUUGAUGAGUUUUAAGAGAUGAUGUUGUAGCUCAUAACUGUUUAUGGUAUAUAGGUAACAAAUUAAAUGAGACUAAUGAUGUAUUAAAGAUUUCCAUAUCUGAAAUUAAGCUGUAUAGUACCUAACAUUGGAGGAUUCAACACCUCCUUUGAGUCUGAACUGUUACAAUUUUUUCUCCCAAACUUGUUGUAUUACCUGUGCAUUAGUAUCCCUUAACUAAUUAAUAAAAGUUUGUUGACUAAA